UUUGUUUCUUUUUUGUGCAGCUGUUUUUAACGAUAUCCGGGUUACGCGUUCUACUUCCUGUAAAGCUGUGUUUCAUAAACCUCUAACGUAGACAGAAGGAUGCUGUCCUUGUCUCGUUCGGUGGUGUGUGCCGUGGCCCGUGCCCCGGCUGCCGUCAGCCAAGGAGGUGUAACAACUUUCUGUCGGUUCAACAGCACUGCACAGAGUGCUCCAAAGAAAACAAAAUUUGGCCCACUGGCAGAUGAGGACAGAAUUUUCACAAAUCUUUAUGGUCGUCAUGACUGGAGGCUGAACGGGGCACUCAAGCGUGGUGACUGGUACAAAACCAAGGAGAUCCUUUUGAAGGGGGUCGACUGGAUUCUCAAUGAGAUCAAGGUUUCUGGCCUGCGGGGUAGAGGGGGAGCUGGUUUCCCCACUGGCAUGAAGUGGAGUUUCAUGAACAAGCCCAGCGAUGGCCGGCCAAAGUACCUGGUGGUGAAUGCAGACGAAGGAGAGCCUGGAACCUGCAAAGACAGAGAGAUCAUGAGGAGUGACCCACACAAGCUGGUAGAGGGCUGCCUGAUCGCUGGCAGGGCCAUGGGGGCUCGUGCUGCUUAUAUUUACAUCAGAGGGGAGUUUUACAACGAGUCGUCCAACCUGCAGGUGGCUAUCAAUGAGGCUUAUGCUGCUGGGCUGAUUGGCAGGAAUGCCUGUGGCUCUGGUUUUGACUUCGAUGUGUUUGUGAUGCGCGGCGCUGGAGCGUACAUCUGUGGAGAGGAGACGGCCCUCAUAGAGUCCCUGGAGGGGAAGCAGGGGAAGCCACGCCUCAAGCCUCCCUUCCCUGCAGACGUUGGUGUGUUUGGUUGCCCGACGACCGUUGCCAACGUGGAGACGGUAUCCGUGGCACCCACCAUCUGUCGUCGUGGAGGAACGUGGUUCGCGAGCUUUGGCAGAGAGAGAAACUCGGGCACAAAACUGUUCAACAUCUCUGGUCAUGUCAACCAUCCCUGCACUGUGGAGGAGGAGAUGUCCAUCCCUCUGAAGGAGCUCAUUGAGAGACACGCAGGUGGUGUGCGUGGAGGCUGGGAUAACCUGCUGGCUGUAAUCCCCGGAGGAUCCUCAACCCCCCUCAUCCCCAAGAACGUUUGUGAAGAGGUGCUGAUGGAUUUCGAUGGCCUUAUUCAAGCCCAGACUGGCCUUGGCACGGCCGCUCUAAUCGUCAUGGACAACUCUACUGACAUCAUCAGAGCCAUUGCCCGCCUGAUUGAGUUCUACAAACAUGAGAGUUGUGGCCAGUGCACACCGUGCAGGGAAGGAGUGGACUGGAUGAAUAAUAUGAUGUGGCGUUUUGUUCGUGGUGACGCACGGCCAGCAGAGAUCGAUAUGAUUUGGGAGCUCAGUAAACAGAUCGAGGGACACACUAUCUGUGCGCUAGGUGACGGUGCAGCGUGGCCCGUGCAGGGAUUGAUCCGGCACUUCAGGCCUGUGAUGGAAAGCCGUAUUGCUGAAUACCAGCAGAAGCAAGCUGUGGUUUAAAUGUCAUUUUCAACUUCUUGAGCUCUUCAGUCUGUCUCCAUAUUCCCUUACCUUAUGUCUAUGAUAAAAUAUUUAAAGACAAUGUACUCUCUUUUCACCUCAUCAGGAAGUUUUGAGUUUUGCCUCUGCUGUGUUGGGUAAAAAUACAAAUAAAGAUCUAUUACCUGAAACUA